AGGGUUUGCAACGCGGGGAGGAGGCGGAGGGAGAAGCGGAGCGCUCGCUCUCCAAACUAGGACUUGGUUGGGGAGGGCUGGCCCGCCGCUGCUGCCUGGCCACCGCCACCGGCUCGGCACCUGCAGGGACCCCCGCGCCGCUCCGGAUCAGCCACCGUCCGGGUGCGAUGGAAACCUUUUUUAGGCGGCACUUUGGGAGGAAGGGGCUGCGGCGUGCCAGCGCAGUGGCCGUGCCCACAGGCAAGGCCAGGCGGCGCUCCCAGGCCGGGUUGCCCUCUGCCUCGCUGGCCCAGCGCCGCCGGGGCUCAGGCGCCCCGCUGCCGGCCCUCUCCUGCCUGGGCCUGCCACGGCACCACAGCCCCCGCCGCCGCUCCAGCACCACGCCACCAUGCCUCAGCCCCAGGUUCGCCGUCCAGAUGAAGCACGGGGGCCGGGGGCGAGCCAUCGACGCCCACCUGCUGGGUCCCUCCGUCCUCCUGGCCAGCCUCAUCCCCACCGGAGAGCAGGGGGACGGGGCAACCCGCACCGACAGCUCCGGAUCCGAGUCUCUGGAGGAUAGUGGCGAUGCGGCGGCAGGACCCGAGGUGGGCCGGAGGGAGCGACGGGCGGAGGAGAGGUGGCUGGCCAUGCUGCCCCGGAUGCGGCCACUCCAGGCUGGGCUGCUGUCGCGGGGCCCCCGCUGCCUGCGGCGCACCUCCUCCCACCGCCUGCCCACCGAGUUCAUGUAUGGCCGGGCCACUUACGGCUUGCCGGGCCACUACCGCCGCCUCAGUCAGCGCCGCCGCUCCAGUGAUGGCUCCCGGCCCGGGCUGCUCCCCUCCGGCCACCCGCGGCUGCUGGCCCGGCGCUGCGCGGGGGCGGCCGCAGCUGGCCACCCCUCUGCCGCCCUCCCCGAGUGCUUGGGACUGGAGCUCGCCCGCCACGCCGCACCAGACGGCUGGAGCCCCCGGCUGCUGAAAGCCAUUGCCAAGUCCAGCCUCCAGCACAUGGUAGCCCAGCCAAACCCUGCACUAGCCCUGAGGAGCGACUCGGAGAGGCAGAUACGCAACACCGUGGACUGGAGUGAGACCGCGGUCUAUGGGGAGCACAUCUGGUUUGAGACCAAUGUCUCUGGGGACUUCUGCUACGUUGGGGAGCAGAACUGUAUGGCGAAGCUGCUGCAAAAACCUCUCUCCAGGCGUAAGUGUGCAGCCUGCAAGAUCGUAGUGCAUACGCCCUGCAUUGAACAGCUGGAGAAAAUAAAUUUCCGCUGCAAGCCUUCCUUCAGGGAGUCAGGAUCCCGGAAUGUACGGGAGCCCAUCGUUGUCCGGCAUCACUGGGUACACCGGAGACGGCAGGAAGGGAAAUGCCGGCAGUGUGGCAAGGGUUUCCAGCAGAAGUUUGCCUUCCACAGUAAAGAGAUUGUAGCCAUCAGCUGUUCCUGGUGCAAGCAAGCGUAUCACAGCAAAGUGUCAUGUUUCAUGCUGCAACACAUCGAAGAGCCCUGCUCGCUGGGGGCUCACGCUGCUGUCGUCGUUCCUCCCACCUGGAUUCUGCGGGUCCGACGGCCCCAGAAUCCACUGAAAUCUAGUAAGAAGAAGAAGAGGACAUCGUUCAAGCGGAAAUCCAGCAAAAAGGGGGCUGAGGAAGGGAGGUGGAAACCCUUUGUCAUCAAGCCCAUGCCAGCUCCUCUCAUGAAGCCCUUGCUGGUGUUUGUGAACCCCAAGAGCGGUGGGAAUCAGGGAGCCAAGAUCAUCCAAUCCUUCAUGUGGUAUCUCAACCCACGGCAAGUUUUUGACCUCAGCCAGGGUGGACCCAAGGAGGCACUGGAGCUGUACCGCAAGGUCCACAACCUCCGGAUCCUGGCCUGCGGAGGAGAUGGCACGGUGGGCUGGAUACUCUCCAUUCUGGACCAGUUACGCCUCAACCCACCUCCUCCUGUGGCAAUCCUACCUUUGGGGACAGGGAAUGACUUGGCCAGGACGCUGAACUGGGGUGGGGGUUACACAGAUGAGCCUCUGUCCAAGAUCCUGUCGCACGUGGAAGAAGGGAACAUAGUGCAGCUGGAUCGCUGGAACCUCCAUGUGGAGCCAAACCCUGAUGCGAGCCCUGAGGAAAAGGAUGAGGCGGCCACUGAGAAGCUCCCCUUGGAUGUGUUUAAUAACUAUUUCAGCCUUGGCUUUGACGCACGGGUGACGCUGGAGUUCCAUGAAUCCCGAGAGGCCAACCCAGAGAAGUUCAACAGCCGGUUUCGGAAUAAAAUGUUCUAUGCUGGGACGGCUUUUUCCGACUUCCUCACUGGGAGCUCCAAAGACUUGGCAAAGCACGUCAAGUUGGUUUGCGAUGGGACAGAUCUGACCUCCAAGAUCCAGGACCUGAAGCCUCAGUGCCUGGUCUUCCUGAACAUCCCCAGAUACUGUGCAGGCACCAUGCCCUGGGGCAAUCCUGGGGAGCACCAUGAAUUUGAGCCGCAGCGCCAUGAUGAUGGCUGCAUUGAAGUUAUCGGCUUCACCAUGACGUCCCUGGCUGCCUUGCAGGUUGGUGGCCACGGCGAACGGCUUUGCCAGUGUCGGCAGGUGGUUCUCACCACGUCCAAGGCCAUCCCCAUGCAGGUAGAUGGAGAACCCUGCAAGCUGGCGGCUUCCUGCAUCCACAUCUCCCUGCGCAACCAAGCCAACAUGGUGCAGAAGACCAAGCGGCGCAACUCCAUGCCACUGCUCAAUGACCAGCAGCCCGUGCCUGAGCGGCUGCGGAUCCGGGUGAGCCGAAUCAGCAUGCGCGACUACGAGGCGCUGCACUACGACAAGGAAAAGCUCAAGGAAGCCUCUGUGCCGCUGGGGAUCAUCGUGGUUCCAGGAGACAGCGACCUGGAGUUAUGCCGGACCCAAAUUGAGAGGCUGCAGGAGGAUUUCCCUCCACAGCUCUCUGCUUUAGAGCGCCUGCUCUUUCAGGAGGGAGAUGGAGCCAAACCGAAGACACUGUCAUCCCAGAAACUGUCGCCCAAGUGGUGCUUCCUGGACUCAACCACAGCUGAUCGGUUCUACAGGAUAGACCGUGCACAGGAGCACCUCAACUAUGUCACAGAGAUAUCUCAGGAUGAGCUGUAUGUGCUGGACCCAGAGCUAGUGAUCACCCAGACCGUGGGCACUUCUCCUGCCAUGCCUGACCUCGUUGACUCGUCUGCCACACCCACUGGGGACCAUUUUGCAUUCCCCUCCUCUUCCUCCUCUCCACCCUCCUCUCCUGCCCCCAGCGCUGAGCCUGAACGCUGCCUCCCGCAGAAAGAUGACCUUCUAAUAGAAGCUGCCAAAAGCGGCAACUUCAGCAAGUUCCAAGAGCUGCACCAGGCUGGAAGAGACCUGAUGGUGCGAGAUUCCUCGGGCCAGACCGUCCUCCAUCAUGCCGUCAAAUCAGGGAGCAAGGACAUCGUCAAAUACAUCAUUGAGAACGCCCCUUCAGAAAUCCUCGAUGCCACAGAGGAGGAGAAUGGCGAAACCAGCUUGCACCAGGCUGCAGCCUUACGCCAGCGCACUAUCUGCCACUACAUCGUGGAAGCCGGGGCUUCGCUCAUGAAGACAGACCUGCAGGGAGACACCCCCAAGCACCGGGCUGAGAAAGCAAAUGACCCCGACUUAGCUGCCUACCUCGAGAACCGACAGCACUACCAGAUGAUCCAGCGAGAAGAUCAGGAGACAGCGGUGUAGUGCUCAGUGUGCCUUAGCCCAAGCCAACUCGGGCAGGACGAGAAGAGGACUAUGGCAACUGGCAGAGCUGUGAGUCUGGCCCAGCCCUCCCUAGAUGUCAACUUGGUCCCGGGAGGAGGUGGAGACAGCAGAGCUCUGCCCCACGCUGGGCUGGGACUCUUGUUUAUGAGAACAGUGGGUAUCUGGGACUUGAAGCCUGACUCUUUGUGUGUCCCCUCCUUUGCCCCUCAUCUAACCACAUUCCCUGCCCUGGAUGGGCUCCAUCCCGCAGUCCUGUUGGGGAAGGCCCGGCUGAAGCCCCUGGUCACCGUUGCGCACAGGAGUGAUGCCAGUGCCACCUCUGCAGGCUCCUACCUAUGAUCCUUGUGGGAUAUCGUUGCUCACCCCCUCUCCCUGCUAGCAGUCCCCCCCUGCUUGGCUAGGUUCAUGUCCUGUUCCUCCUCUCCUGUCUGGCACAGCCGGGGAGGCAUAGGCUGUGCAGGCAGACAGCAGAGGCCGUGAGCCUCAGACUUUGCCCCAAGGGAAGCGCCAUGACUUACUGCCCCUGCCCUCUCCACCCUCCUGUCAGUUUGGGGCUGCAUGGUGUCUCUUUGGUGCCCUACUGGGGCCUUCUGUGGCAGGAGGGAAGUCCUUGGUGCAUGCAGACUUUCCUCGGAGCAUCUGGGGCUGGCGUGGCUGGAAGCAGGGCAGCUGCUGCCCUCCCAGUUGCCUUGAGUGCUCAGCCAGUCGGCAGUCUGGCCCAGGGCAGGGAUAGCAUGGAGGAAGGCUACCAAGCCCUCCCACCGUCCUUCCCUCCGCAAGGCUGGGUGGUGCAGCCUGCACACACGGGGUCCGCUGGGCAUCUCUUCAUGAGCCUGACGCAGCAUGUAGCCAUGGUGGAGAGCUGUGCUUAGCUGCGGUGGAGCCUGUUAUAUUUCCCAAAUGCUGACUUGGAUCCAGCUGCCCUCCCUGCUGCAGCUCCCCCUGUGAUGCUAGACAUUGCACUGGGCUGGAGGGGCAGUGUUGGGGUCAGUGCUGCUCUCAGGGAUUCCCCCAUGUCCCCGGCCUGUCAACACGCAUCCUCUGAGUCCGACUCCUGCCACCCCACAGACUGGGUGCAGGGCUUUUCAGGGAAAACUUGGGAGCUCACCCAGCCCAGACACAAGCUCCCUGGGCAGACCACCAGCUCACCCUCCCCAGUUUCAGCAGAAAGAGGGAUCUGAAUGCAUAGGAAGCAGCAGGGCUCCCAGCCCUGAGUUAUGCCUGCAGUGGGACGACAUUUCACUUACCACCUGCCAUGGGGCACGAAGCACCACGACACAUCUCCCCUGCGGAUGCUGAGCAUCUGCAGGGGCAUCAAGCCAGCCCUUCAGCAAGGCUUUUGCAGCGCUGACAGUCUCUGGGACCAGGAGGUGCCAGCAGAGGAGGAGCGCUGAUGGCUGUGGGCCUUGCAGACCUGCUUGGCCCCUUCAGGUGGGCGGUGGUUGCAAAGCGGGUUGCUGCUCGGCUGCCAGGAGAGGAUGCUGCUGCCGCCUGGGGUCUGUGUGGUCCCACCUGCGCUCACACCCAGCCGCACCCGCUGGGUAGCACCAUUCGAAUCUCUCCUAAUACCAAUGGCAAAAAAAGGGUAUGAGGAUACCGCAGAGAACCAAAAUACCCUUCAGGCUUUUUGGCCAGGGGGCAGAGUUCCCUUGGAAGAUGGAGGAUGCAGUGGUGGAGAGCAGAGGCACAGGGCAGUGCAGAGUGCCAGGGGCCAGCGGCAGUAUUGGCCAUUAAUAACAACAGCUUCCCAAUACGUUCAGAGCUGGGGUGCUCCAGCAGCACCCAGGGCUCCUAUCAGCACUGCUCGCUGGCCACGGACAGACAAGGCACUGUCAUCUUCUCAAAGGUGCAAACUGCUGCCCCCCAGCCGGGAUGCCCAGCCUGGCCCACAGGCGUUUACAGCCUCAGCUUCCCCCUUUCUCCUCAGUUUUGUAUCUUCCCUUAUAGUUUUUGUACAGGUAGUUGAGAGACACACUGUCCCCCUCCCCGCCUGGCCCCUCCAUGCGUGUGUGAGCUGAGUUGCUGUGCAAUUCCAAGCCUGGCUUGUAUUUCAGCGAAGGCAGAGGGGGGUGUUGGUCACCCUGCCCGCGGAGGGCAGGGGUUCUGUGCAAUACCUGGGUCUGUGUUUCCUAGAUGCUGUCGUAGGACUGUAUUUUUGUAACUCUGUGAGGGUGCCGGCUCCAGCAGGCUGAGUGCCUGGCCUGAGCCUGCGUUCCCAUCGCUUUUCAACUUCGACCAUUUGGAUGUUGUUGUUUCUUGCCACUGAAAUAAAGAGAUGGAUGUUUUAGUUCCUGUC